AUGGGUCAGGGGCUGUGGAGAGUGGCCAGAAACCAGCAGCUACAGCAGGAAGGCUACAGUGAACAAGGCUACCUCAGCAGAGAGCAGACCAGGAGGAUGGCUGCCAGCAGCAUUUCUAACGGCAGUCAUCGUAAACAAGUCCAGGGAGGCAUUGAUAUAUAUCAUCUCUUGAAGGCGAGGAAAUCUAAAGAACAAGAAGGAUUCAUUAAUUUGGAAAUGUUGCCUCCUGAGCUAAGCUUUACCAUCUUGUCCUACCUGAAUGCAACCGACCUCUGCUUAGCUUCAUGUGUUUGGCAGGACCUCGCUAAUGAUGAACUUCUGUGGCAAGGGUUGUGUAAGUCCACUUGGGGUCACUGUUCCAUAUACAAUAAGAACCCACCUAUAGGAUUUUCUUUUAGAAAAUUAUAUAUGCAGCUGGAUGAAGGCAGCCUCACCUUUAAUGCCAAUCCUGAUGAGGGAGUGAACUACUUUAUGUCCAAGGGUAUCCUAGACGAUUCACCAAAGGAAAUAGCAAAGUUUAUCUUCUGUACAAGAACACUAAAUUGGAAAAAGCUGAGAAUCUAUCUUGAUGAAAGGAGAGAUGUCUUGGAUGACCUUGUAACACUGCAUAAUUUUAGAAAUCAAUUCUUGCCCAAUGCACUGAGAGAAUUUUUUCGUCACAUCCAUGCCCCUGAAGAGCGUGGGGAAUAUCUUGAAACUCUUAUAACAAAGUUCUCACACAGAUUCUGUGCUUGUAACCCUGACUUAAUGAGAGAACUUGGCCUUAGUCCUGAUGCUGUCUAUGUACUGUGCUACUCUUUGAUCCUACUUUCCAUUGACCUCACUAGCCCUCACGUGAAGAAUAAAAUGUCAAAACGAGAAUUUAUUCGAAAUACUCGUCGGGCUGCUCAAAAUAUUAGUGAAGAUUUUGUAGGGCACCUUUAUGACAACAUCUACCUUAUUGGCCAUGUGGCUGCCUAA